UCCGGGCAGCGGCGGAGGCGGCGGCGGCUGCGGCAGCGACGGCGGCGGCGGCGGCAGCGGCAGCAGCCUGCGCAGUGCCUUCUGGGAACGGAAUCCCCAGGGCUGCCCCUGGCCCCCAUGGCGCAUGCGCGGGAGGCCGCUCGGUGAUCCGCGGCGGCGGCAGCGGCGCUUCCUGCUAGGACCGGCCGGGGCCGUACCGGAGGCUCGGGCUCCACCGACCCUCCUCCCACCCCCUCCCACUCACUCUCUGGGCCGCGACUGCGCAGGGCGGGGCCGGCCGAACCAUGGGCCGCGGUGUGGGCUAAGCUGGUGGCCCCGGCUUUAGACUGGACCCCACAAUGUUUGCAGAGAUGUUCAGGCACGCGGGAGCUGAUUACACACAAUGAAUGGGGGCAAUGAGAGCAGUGGAGCAGACAGAGCUGGGGGCCCUGUGGCCACAUCUGUCCCCAUCGGCUGGCAGCGCUGUGUGCGAGAGGGUGCUGUGCUCUACAUCAGUCCAAGUGGCACAGAGCUGUCUUCCUUGGAGCAAACCCGGAGCUACCUCCUCAGCGAUGGGACCUGCAAGUGCGGUCUGGAGUGUCCACUUAAUGUCCCCAAGGUUUUCAACUUUGACCCUUUGGCCCCGGUGACCCCGGGUGGGGCUGGGGUGGGGCCAGCAUCAGAGGAGGACAUGACCAAGCUGUGCAACCACCGGCGGAAAGCUGUUGCUAUGGCAACUCUGUACCGCAGCAUGGAGACCACCUGCUCACACUCUUCUCCUGGAGAGGGAGCGAGCCCCCAAAUGUUCCACACUGUGUCCCCAGGGCCCCCCUCUGCCCGCCCUCCCUGUCGAGUUCCUCCUACAACUCCACUUAAUGGGGGUCCUGGCUCCCUUCCCCCAGAACCACCCUCAGUUUCCCAGGCCUUUCCCACUCUAGCAGGCCCUGGGGGGCUUUUCCCCCCAAGGCUUCCUGACCCAGUCCCUUCUGGGGGCAGUCCCCGUUUCCUCCCAAGGGGCAAUGCCCCCUCUCCAGCCCCACCUCCUCCACCUGCUAUCAGCCUCAAUGCUCCCUCAUACAACUGGGGAGCUGCCCUCAGAUCCAGCCUGGUGCCCUCUGACCUGGGCUCUCCUCCGGCCCCUCAUGCCUCCUCCUCACCACCUUCAGACCCUCCUCUCUUCCACUGUAGUGAUGCCUUAACACCCCCUCCCCUGCCCCCGAGCAAUAAUCUCCCCGCCCACCCUGGUCCUGCCACUCAGCCACCAGUGUCUUCAGCCACUAUGCACCUGCCCCUGGUCUUGGGGCCCCUAGGAGGGGUCCCCACGGUGGAGGGGCCUGGGGCACCCCCCUUCCUUGCUAGCAGCCUACUCUCUGCAGCGGCCAAGGCACAGCAUCCCCCACUACCCCCUCCCAGCACUUUACAGGGCCGAAGGCCCCGUGCCCAGGCGCCCUCAGCUUCCCACUCCUCAUCACUUCGUCCCUCUCAGCGUCGUCCCCGCAGACCCCCUACUGUAUUUCGAUUGCUAGAAGGGAGAGGCCCUCAAACCCCUAGACGGAGCCGUCCUCGGGCCCCUGCUCCUGUCCCCCAACCCUUUUCUCUCCCGGAGCCAUCCCAACCAAUUCUCCCUUCUGUGCUGUCCCUGCUGGGACUCCCCACCCCCGGCCCUUCUCACUCUGAUGGAAGCUUUAACCUUUUGGGGUCAGAUGCACACCUUCCUCCUCCCCCAACCCUCUCCUCAGGGAGCCCUCCCCAGCCCAGGCACCCCAUCCAGCCCUCCCUGCCUGGGACCACCAGUGGCAGCCUCAGCAGUGUGCCAGGUGCCCCUGCCCCACCAGCUGCCUCCAAAGCCCCAGUAGUCCCCAGCCCUGUGCUUCAAAGCCCAUCUGAAGGGCUGGGGAUGGGGGUAGGCCCGGCCUGCCCUCUGCCUCCCCUGGCUGGUGGAGAGCCUUUCCCUUUCCCCAGCCCUGAGCAGGGCCUGGCACUGAGUGGAGCUGGCUUCCCUGGGAUGCUUGGGGCCUUGCCUCUCCCUCUGAGUCUGGGGCAGCCUCCACCUUCUCCAUUGCUCAACCACAGUUUAUUUGGUGUGCUGACUGGGGGAGGAGGACAACCCCCACCUGAGCCCCUGCUACCCCCACCAGGAGGACCUGGUCCUCCCCUAGCCCCAGGAGAGCCUGAAGGGCCUUCGCUUUUGGUGGCUUCCUUGCUUCCUCCACCACCCUCAGACCUUCUUCCACCUCCUUCAGCACCUCCCAGCAACCUCCUUGCCUCUUUCCUGCCCCUGUUGGCUCUGGGCCCUACAGCUGGGGAUGGGGAGGGAUCUGCAGAGGGAGCUGGGGGUCCAAGUGGGGAGCCAUUUUCAGGCUUGGGAGACCUGUCCCCCCUACUUUUCCCCCCACUUUCAGCCCCCCCUACCCUCAUAGCUUUAAAUUCUGCGCUGCUGGCUGCCAGCCUGGAUCCCCCCUCGGGGACACCCCCCCAGCCCUGUGUCCUGAGUGCCCCCCAACCUGGACCACCUACCUCCAGUGUCACCACGGCAACUACUGACCCGGGGGCCUCCUCUCUGGGCAAGGCCCCCUCCAACUCAGGGAGACCCCCCCAACUCCUUAGCCCUCUGCUGGGUGCCAGCCUGCUGGGUGACCUGUCUUCACUGACCAGCAGCCCUGGAGCCCUCCCCAGCCUGUUGCAGCCUCCUGGCCCUCUUCUCUCUGGCCAGUUGGGGCUGCAGCUCCUCCCUGGGGGGGGAGCUCCUCCACCCCUCUCAGAGGCUUCUAGUCCCCUAGCCUGCCUGCUACAGAGUCUCCAGCAGAUCCCUCCAGAGCAGCCAGAAGCCCCCUGUCUACCCCCCGAGAGCCCUGCCUCAGCCCUCGAACCAGAGCCUGCCAGGCCUCCCCUCAGUGCCUUAGCCCCACCCCAUGGUUCUCCCGACCCCCCAGUCCCUGAGCUGCUCACUGGGAGGGGGUCAGGGAAACGGGGCCGGAGGGGAGGAGGGGGACUUAGGGGCAUUAAUGGUGAGGCCAGGCCAGCCCGGGGCCGAAAGCCUGGCAGCCGGCGGGAGCCUGGCCGACUGGCCCUCAAAUGGGGGACACGUGGUGGCUUCAAUGGACAAAUAGAAAGGUCCCCAAGAAGAACCCACCAUUGGCAGCAUAAUGGGGAGCUGGCUGAAGGGGGUGCUGAGCCCAAGGAUCCACCCCCUCCCGGGCCCCAUUCUGAGGACCUUAAGGUGCCCCCGGGAGUAGUCAGAAAGUCUCGUCGUGGCCGUAGGAGAAAAUACAACCCUACCCGGAACAGCAAUAGCUCCCGCCAGGACAUUACCUUGGAACCCAGCCCUACAGCCCGAGCGGCUGUCCCUCUGCCUCCCCGGGCCCGCCCUGGCCGUCCUGCCAAAAACAAGAGGAGGAAACUGGCCCCAUAGCAGCCAUACCUGGAGCUGGAUCUGACCCUGAUUGGGGAGAGCUGAGUGCUGAGCCUUGGGAGCCCCUGCCAGCCACCUGCACCUGUGGACAGUGGGUGGGGGCACUACUCCCCACUCAGAGCACAAAUGCAACUCCUUCCCCUACAAUCCCAUCCUGAGCCAUUGCAGGGGGCAGGGAAGUUCACCCCCUCCCCCCACCCCCCGAAGCCAUGUCACUGAAAAGGCCUGGGGGGGAUGGUAUAUGGCCCUUUCCCCACCAGGCGCUAAGGGGAACACCCCCUUCCCCAGGUCUUUUAUUUGUUUAAGUUAUUUUUGCACAAAUGACUCUUUUAUAUUUAAUUCGAUUUCAUUGCCUCCCUUCUUAAAGCCAACAGGCUCAGUUUACAAACCUGUGAGCUACUGUUGGCUGCUGCCCUCCUUCCCAGUGAAAGGUACAAAGCAAUAAGCAUCAUGCAUCCUCCCCUUACCCCUCCAACACCCCUCUGCCUCUGGCUCAGGUUGCUCAAAGCACAGAUCCCCUUUUACCCCGUCCCCAGGUUUGAAACACAUAGCCUCAUUUCAAGGUGUAGCCAGGUUCCCCCGACUUUCCUCUGGGAUAUAAAAAAGGGGGUAAGGGGGCAAAGAGAGCCCUCUGGGCCUCUCCUCCCAUACACACUACACUGCCCCUUCUCCCCCCAUCAAAACGCUCAGAGACGUUGUGAUGAUGCGACUGAGGAUUAUGCAACGUGGUCCAACCGGAGCGGCCAGCAUGACCAGCUGUCCAGGGGCUGCCUCCUGCCUUUUCUUUUGUAAAGACAAGACCCUUGGGAGUUUUAAUUCUGUUUUGUACUUGCCCUGUGGGGCCUCCACUGCUUUUCUAUGGGAGACACUCUUAAUUUAACAGAUGAGAAUAUUUUGAAACUCUG